CCCAAAUUGGGUUAUAAUAGCAUCUUAAAUCAAUUUGGAAGCUACACAAGAGAAACCUAAGACUGUUGUAGCUGCAAAAUGAAAUGGUAUUAUGUUUGCAGCAUCGUUUCGUGCUCCUGGAAAUUUGAAGUCAUCACUUCUCAUCCCCGAAAGCUUUGAUCCGCUUAGAUAUAUCGGACAGAUGAAAUUAGCCACAGCAUUCAUUUUAGAUGGGCCCAAAUGAAAAUGAUGGCUACUCAAUUAGCCCUCUUUGAACCAAAUCAGUCCUAUGGUUCCUCCUCUUAUUAUAUCCGACGGCACAGCUUUUGACUUUCCCUAGGCCCCACCUCAGGAUCACCAUCAUUCACCGUUUGUUCCAAAACGUCUUCCGAUGCCUACGUUGUACGGUCACGAUCGAGCGUUGCACUCAGGAAAAAAACUCCAUGCCCACCUGAUCACCACCGGCUUGGCUCGUCUGACUCAUUUUGCUACCAAGCUCAUUGCUAUUUAUGCAGAGUGUGGAGAGCCAUCUAAUGCUCGCAAGCUGUUCGAUAAAAUUCCCACUACAAAUGUAAGACGUUGGAUUGUCCUUAUUGGUGCAUUCGCUCGAUCCGGCUUUUAUCAAGAGGCUCUGGGUCUGUUCCGUGAAAUGCAGGAGCAUGGCCUGAGGCCAAACAAGUAUGUCAUUCCCAGCAUUCUCAAAGCCUGUGGGCGUGUCUCGGAUAGAGAAACCGGGGAGAAGAUACAUGCUGUAGUUUUGAAAUGUUCGUUUGAGUCUGAUGAUUUUGUUUCUAGUGCAUUGAUUGAUAUGUACGCAAAAUGUGGUCGAGUUAAAAUGGCGCAGCGAGUAUAUGAUGGAAUGGUUGAGAAGAAUCUGGUGGCACUGAACGCGAUGGUUUCUGGUUAUGCUCAACAUGGGUUUGCUAAAGAAGCACUCAUCUUGGUAGAAAAUAUGCAGGCAUUAGGAGUAAAGCUUAAUGUAGUGACUUGGAAUACCUUAAUUGCGGGGUUUUCACAACAGGGUGAUGAGUUGAUGGUUUCUAAACUUUUUAGUUUGAUGCACAGAAACGGAGUUGAGCCUGAUGUGGUAUCUUGGACAUCGGUUAUAUCAGGGCUUGUGCAGAAUUUUCGUAACGAGGAGGCGUUUGCUACCUUUAGAAAGCUGUUGGAUCAUGGAUUCUGUCCAACUUCGGCUACAGUAACUAGUCUCUUGCCUGCAUGUGCAACCACGGCCAAUGUGAGGCGUGGGAAGGAGAUUCAUGGGUAUGCAUUGGUGAUUGGAGUCGGAGAUGAUAUAUUUGUAAGGAGUGCCCUGGUAGACAUGUAUGCAAAAUGUGGUUUUAUAGCUGAGGCAAGGAAUUUGUUCUAUCGGAUGUCUAAGAUCAACACAGUUACUUUAAAUUCAAUGAUAUUUGGAUAUGCCAAUCAUGGUUACUGCAACGAAGCAAUCGAGCUUUUCAAACAGAUGGAGAAGGAAGAGGGAAAGAAACUGGAUCACCUAAGUUUCACAGCAGUUCUCACCGCUUGCAGCCAUGCUGGCCUAGUGGAAAUUGGACAAAGUCUGUUCCAACUGAUGCAAAAAAAAUAUUGGAUUCUUCCAAGAUUAGAGCAUUAUGCAUGCAUGGUGGAUCUGCUUGGUCGAGCAGGAAAACUUGCUGAAGCUUAUGACAUGAUUAAGGGAAUGCCUGUCGAGCCUGAUUUAUUCGUAUGGGGUGCAUUGUUAGGGGCAUGUAGGAAUCAUGGUAAUGUUGAUCUCGCUAAAGUUGCAGCUAAGCAUUUAUCAGAGCUUGAGCCUGACAAUGCAGGAAACAAGCUGCUGUUGUCGAAUUUGUAUGCCAACACUGGCAGUUGGGGAAAUGUUGCAAGGCUGAAGAAUAUAAUAAAGAAAAGGAAAGGAAAAGAUUUUUCAGGGUGCAGUUGGGUGGAGGGAGUGUGAUAGCAUCAACUUUGCAACAGAGUAGUAUAAUCAAAUUUUGGGUGUCCAGCAAGUCAUCAUCAGCCUCAUGCUUGCUUUAUUAUUGUCAUAUUUCUUCACCAGAGCUCCCUUCUGACUCAUUUUUACAUUUCUGCUAUCAAUCAUCAAUGGUUUGUGUUCUUAUGACAGUUCUCCAAUGAAAUCAAAGGAUGUAAUUUGUCCAUCAGCUCAGCUGACUCUUGUGGACAAUGAGUUCUGUGCAGCCAAAUUGAAGAUGCAAGGAAUCAUCUCAAGGUGUUAGUGACAUAAGGACAUCAUGAAUUAGCAGGGGGAAAUUUUGAAGAAUAGAGGAACAUGAAUUGCAUCUACAUGUUUGAUGGUCCAACUGCUCUCAAUUGAGAUUACCGAGGGACCGAGUGGGAAAAGAAAUAGGAGCGGGAGCCACCCUUACAAUUAUAUUUACAAAUUACAA